GAGAACCAUGGCAAAUGUGGGUAAAAAGCUUGAGAACUAUUGGAGGGGCUUUACCUAUGCAUAUGAGAGAAACUACAUUCAACCUUUUGAGGAGCCUAUGAUGAAGCAACCAAAGCGUGUUCAGUGUAAUGAUUGUCUGAAGUGGCGAAAACUUCCAGAUGGCAUUGAUCCUAAAAAUCCAUGGUUCUGCUACAUGAACUCUGACCCUCAAUUCAGGAGUUGUGAAGCUGAAGAAGAACCUGAAAAUCCUGUUGAAGAACCCAGAAACCAGAGAAAAAACAAACCACAUAAGCCGCAAAAGAAGAUGCAGCACUGGAAAAAAAAUAAGUCUCCAAUACAGCCGGUGGCAGUUCGAGUUCGUUCUUUCAACAAUUCAUCUAUUCAAAUAACACCCCAAACUCAGAACAUGUUUCUUCCCCUUGCCUGUAAAAGGAAUGAAAAAGACUUGUGCCUGGAUCAAGUGAACCCAGUGAAAAAGAAAGCUAGAACAGAUUUUGUGCAAUGUGAAGUAGAAGAAGAAGAAGAAGUAAACAAUCACUCAAUGUCUACACAGCACUCUCACUCCACAUAUCACUCAGGAGGCACUCAGGAGCUAUUCAUUUCUGACACAGUUAAACACUGUGCUGACAAUGGGGCAUACAGGUUUCAGUGCUCUGAUGCUGGCCAGUUUCACUGUAAACUGACCAACCUUGUCUUUGAGAUGAAAGGGAGUGGGGAAGUCUCAUACACAGUAGUGCCUUGGGAUAACAGUCAGUUGCAGGGCAUGGGCCAGUUCCAACCUGCAGGACCCUUGUACAACAUCAAGUGCUCUGAAGAUUCAAUUGUUUACCUGCACCUCCCACACUGUGAGAUACAUACUGAUAACAACCGGAUUGAACUGGCUGUGGCACAUUUUAGUCAGGAAAAUGUGGAGAUCCUUCAGCCCCUGAAAAUAACAAACACACAUGUGAUCUUACAAGUCCGGGGUCUCUCCCUAUUUGGCUUGUUUAAAAAAAUUUUUUGGGGAGAACUCAACAAUGCCCAAGUCCUUCUCUUCUACAAAGAAAAUAUUGGAACACAAAGGAGGAGAAAACUGCACAUUCAUUUGCUGCCAGGAAAUGUUCCAGUUAAAGAGGUACAGAAACAAAAUCCAGGCAGCACAUAUCUUCAGUGCAGCUCCAUAUGUCAACUGAUUUCUGGUAAAAAAUACAAACCACUCUGUGAGCCUCAUGUAUCCCAGCCAAAGAUUGAGACAUUUGUUCCUAAUUUUGGCCCUAACUAUCACCCGACAUUUGAGAUGAUCCUUAAUUCGGAGGUUGAAGACCUCACAUUGGGUCUUUUGGAUGAAACUGACCAGGAGGUGUGGGAGCCUCGUCAUGUUAUUCUUACAGCUGAUAAUGGAGAAGCAAUUGUAUCUGAAAUUCUUGAAGGUGCUGAAUUUGUAGAUAAACACAGUGAUAAGCUCAUACAGAGAGUUCCAUCAGUAAUGGAAAUAGCAGACACUCUAAAAACCAAAAAAAUCAUCUCAGACGAAAUGUACAGUGAGAUUGAGGCAGAAAAUACUGACAAGCAAAAAAUGAGAAAAUUGCACAUAUUUCUUCAUUCAGCAGGAAGAACUGCAAAAGCAGAGUUCUAUGCUGUCCUUAAGGAGAAGCAGUCUCGUUUAGUGUAUGACCUGGAGCAUGAAUAGUGCAUUGAUAUCAUGCAUGAUUACAUACAGUAUGUCUAGAUAUCUGUAGGACCUAAAUAAAAUAUCUGCAGUAUAUUACAAUUUCGCCAUUUUGUUGACUAUUUCCAUAAUUUUAUUCAACCAUGAUAUGAUUUCACAUAAAAACAAUGUUACAAUAAAGAUGCAUAUUCAAUAAAAAUUUUAUACACAA